AUGAGAACUGAGGACGUGGUGGACGAUGCCUCGCAUGUCUCGAGGAUUGCUGCAGUGACCGCGUGUCUCUGCUCCUUCUUCGAUGCGCAGGCUCCCUCGUGCAAUGACUACUUCUCGCUGGUGUCCUUCAAUGACACGAGCACCGUUCACUUCAGCGCCAAGAUGGUCAUCGAAGCUCGCGAUCACGUAUUCGGAUUAACACUCCGGGCUAAAAAGUCGACGGAGUUUGUUUGCGGUCUCAGCACAGCUAAAGAGGUUUUGCAAACGCAUGCUGGCAUGGGCUCCCCACAUUUGCUCGUCUUCAGUGAUGGGCGGCCAGGCGACAUGCACCGCAUGCUGCAAACAGCGCAGCAAUUGCUCGCGAGUGUUUCUGGCCUCCGUGUUCACGCAAUUGGCUUUGGAGACUCUCUUACGUCGUUCGAUUACUUGCAGCAGCUGGCAUCGAUCGGGAGUGGCACGUUCGUGCCAUCUGCCUUGAGCCUCGGCGCUUUGAAACAGGCCUUUUCGUCUAUAACGUCAACUAUCACGUCCACCAAAUCCAGCUCGAGUGUUUUUUCCUUCAAGGACGUUGGGUCUCAAAUCAGGUCUGCUGACGAAGAUGGCUCGGCGCAGGGGUGUCGCAGACACCUGCGGCAAGUCACGUUCGAGUUGCCAAAUCAGUACACCUUCUCCAAAGAUUCAGUCACAUUCACAUGUGUCAGAAGUCUUUUCAAGUUUGACGGCAAAGUGUUCGAGCAGAAAGAAAUGAGAGACGGCCCGUACGACGUCAAGAUGCGAACGAAUCCGUUCACUAUGGGCGGGAUGCGACUCGUUCAUUGUUUCCAAGAUAAGACUGUUCGUUUGUAUGGUGCAUGCGACAGGGAUGGCACGGAGUACGAUAGCGAUAAUUUCGACGCGCGGCUCGUCGCAAAAUUAUCCAGAUACAGUGAUCCAUUUUACAACAACCACGAAGUUGUGGCGGCCUACGCGAAGAGCAGUGCAGCUGCCAGCUUCUACUCACGAUGUUUCCAGAUGCAACUUGCUGAUCGCUUGAAGGGUGAGGGUCGAACUUGUGCAAAGAUUGUCUUCGUGGAGUGCUUUUUGUACUCGGUGCUUCCUUUUUUGGAUGGUCCCCAAGCGCCCGCGGAUUGCUUGAUCGGAGAACGGCAUCUUCCAGGGGUGUUCCUGAAAUACAACUCCAACAAAGGGUUUGUGAAUUGGGAAGCGCCAUACUCUGAGGUUGCGCAGGCAUUCUCGCAUUUUACGUACUGGAUGUCGCAAGGGCGUAUUCUCGUAGCGGAUCUACAAGGUGUGCUAAUCCAUCGUCGUCGACCGCAUCUGAUCUUCACCGAUCCGCAGGUCUUAUCUUUGGAUGGCAGUUUCGGGCCAGGAGACCUCGGUCCCAAAGGCAUCGCUGCAUUCUUCAAAUCGCACAAGUGUGGGCGCACUUGUAAGGGACUCGGGCUUUCGUCUCACAACUUCGUCAACGCCUCUGACGGUGGUGCUGGGGAGCUUUCAGGCAACGCAGAUCAUAUUGUCAGGGAUCAGGGAAAACAGAAACGAGAAUGCCGAGAGUGCUCUGGGAAGCACGUCAAAGUGAGGAAGCACACUUCAAUGGGAUGCGCGGUCGUCACCCUUGAAAGCGCUCAUGUGCGUGAUCGCAUUCUGGAAGGAGGCAGCGGGGCAAUCAUCAACGGAAUUAAGGUACAGAUGAAGCCGCAUUUCCCCAGGGAAACAAAGGCAGAGGCACCUACAGAGAUAUUCAUUGCAUGGGGUCGUCAGGCGGAGAAGCGGUGGCCACUUGGCGAAAGCGUGUUGGCCGCAUAUUUUGACAAGUUGCACAUUGAACUGUCUGCUGCGGCGCAGACGAAACUAAGCAGUGAGACUAUUACGCAGCCAAUGCGGCUGGUCAGCCCUCCCCGAACGCACCUGCUGGUCGCGCCGCCCGCCGCCUCCAGCUGUGCCGGCUUGCAUGGAGUGGCGCGGCCUGUUGUGGCGGCUCAAUUAGCUGAGACCUCGGCAGCGAUGUCGUCACACGGUUCUGCCCCUGCGACAGGAAGCCUCCCGGGUUUACCGAACAGUAAGAUAUCCGAUUGCCUCUAG